ACAAGACCUAGGAUCAUGACUCCCUACUUCUACACCUGCCCGAGAAAAUCCAUAACCCGUGCCCUAGUGACGCCACAACCGCCACAGUACGCAGUCUCCAACUCAGGCAACCUUGUGUGUCUGUACAUAUCCCACGUUAGAGAAAAUGAGUGUCUGUCUACACAGCGAGGUGCGAUAAAAGGAAAGAGAUUCAUAUCAUUGUUUGUCGACAGAGGAACUGGAACCCUGGACUCUCAAGAGUGUCGCAAGAUGCCGUUUGGAUGGCAAUACCUCGGACGAUGGUCGUUCAUAACUGCUCUCGUCGUGGUUUGUGGGGCGUUGGUGGUAUUUCCCGCUGAAACAAGGGCCAAAACAGUUCCGGCUCGCAUAAUAGAGUUCAGGCACCACAGUAACGAAGAAAUUCCGCGGAUCCUUGCUUCGAUUCACGAAAGGUGUCCCAACAUCACCAGGAUCUAUACGCUGAGCGAGAGCUCCGUGCGGGGAAUCCCUCUGUAUGCCAUCGAGUUCUCCACCACGCCGGGCUAUCACCAACUCUACCACCCCGAGUUCAAAUACAUCGCCAACAUGCAUGGAAACGAGGUGCUUGGCCGAGAAUUGCUGCUUCACCUGGCCAACUACCUGUGUGAACAAUUCCUUGCUCGCGACCCGGAAAUUCAGCAGCUGAUCGAACUGACCCGCGUACACCUUUUGCCAUCCAUGAACCCAGACGGAUGGAAAGUGUCCACUGAAACGGGUGGCAAAGACUACCUGAUUGGGCGCAACAAUAAUAACAGCGUGGACCUGAACAGGAACUUCCCGGACCUGAACCGCAUCAUGUUCAGUAACGAGGAGGCACACGUCAGCCACAACAACCACUUGCUGGAGCAAGUGGACCGCCUCAAGGAGCCGAUUCAGCCUGAGACAAAAGCGGUGAUACGGCUGAUCAUGCAGGUACCUUUCGUUCUGUCUGCUAACCUCCACGGCGGUGACCUGGUAGCCAACUACCCAUACGACGCAAGCCGUUCUGGAGCUAGAACGGAGUACACCAAAAGUCCUGACGACCAGACCUUCAGGCAUCUGGCACUGGCUUACUCCACGCACCACAAGAACAUGGCGAACCCGCGACGACACGGUUGUGGACACGACGGCUACAAUUUUGGAAAGCAAGGCGGCAUCACGAAUGGAGCUGCCUGGUACAGCGUGCAGGGAGGGAUGCAAGAUUUCAAUUAUCUGUCAUCAAAUGACUUCGAGAUUACACUGGAGCUCGGAUGUGACAAGUAUCCAGAAGCCUCGGCUCUCCAAGAUGAAUGGGACAACAACAAGGAUGCCCUCAUCCACUUCAUGUGGCAGGCCCACAUCGGGGUGAAGGGCCACGUCAGAGACGCAGUAACUGGACAGCCACUCCCCCACACGGUGAUACACGUCAAGAACAUCACUGCGGGACACGACGACGACAUACAGCAUGACGUCACGUCCGUGCAUGGUGGGGACUUCUGGCGGCUGCUGACACCCGGUCAAUACAUAAUCUCGGCCUAUCGAGACGGCUAUCACGCAAUGAGUCACCGCGUGAACGUGUAUGAUCGCCCGCACCACGAGGCGCAGAGAGUCGACUUCCACCUCCGGCCCUUGCAGCCGACAAUGCAGUCACCAAAUGGCAAUAGUAUAACUGACACUGAAUAUGACGAAACAGACGAUGAGAUGAUGAGAAACCAUAUUGUGAAUAAUCUGAGGAAGAAAUGGCUGUUCCGUGCAUAUAACAGAGCCAUCUCAACCAACUAAUCUGAGUACCAGACUGGAGACAUCUCCUUGCCCCACCCACACUGCAAGAUGCCGAAGUUUAUUAAACAGAUUCAAGGUAGUUUCUUAAAAUCAAAUUUCACACUUCGAAAUGUCAAACUGUUGUUUUCAUUUGUCCACACACAAACUAUGGAAUGUGAUGUUUUAUCUCACUUGGUGACCCGUGUACAUUUGCAUAUGGUUAUAUUAUUCAAAAUCAUUAAGAUUUAUUUAGACACACGUACGUGUACGGCAAGUACUGGUGAGAUAUAACUCUAAAAGGUUCUGACAAUGAUUUCUUUCAUUCAAUAUUAUUGUUUUUCGACUAAAAUAAAGCCACAGUGUUUCAAGGGCUCUUUUCCCGUCUCCAGGCUAUGAAAGAAAAAUGUCUCUCGCCACCUGAAGAUGUGGACUGAACUGGCCCUUGAAAAACUGAGGCUUUAUUUUAAUAUGCAGAAUGAUGGCUAUAGUCCAGAAGAAACCAAUACUGAAAAUACUGGUAAAACUAUGGAAAGCUAAUUGACGUCAUUAAUGAUUCUAUGUAGCCAAUCUCUUAAAAAUGGUGAAAUGUUGUCACUGUGAUUGGUGAGAACAACAGUAGUCACUCAGUGUAAGAUCUUGACAUUUUGUAUCACGACAGAUUUAUGACAAAAAUGCAUGUUUUAAUGGGGUAAAACCCUAUAUGAAAAUAAAAAAUAACAUGGUGACAAAUUACAAUAUAAGAUAUAUUAGUGAAUUCCAAAGCCUCGAUAACGCACUGAGUGUCCAGCAGGCAAAGUAAUGAAAAAUCAAGUUUAAAGAAUAUAAGUAAUACACAUUUUUGUAUAAAGAUGAUGAAUGUACCGUAAAAUCAAAAUUAUAAAUUCUGGGGUUGUUGGAAUCACUGCUACCUACCAGGCUGCCCAUUUUAUAGAAUACCAAAACCAUUACUGAAAAUAAUAUGAUCUAUAACAUUUAGAACAUUAAUGUUAAUCCCAACCAAAACAAAGUUAAAGCAGUUACGUAGGGUCAGAACUCACUCAUGCAAUUUGCUGUAUUUAGAUACUUAAAUAACCCAUCAAUGUAUUGUAGAGUUGAAAUCUGUUCUAACUGGAAUCCUGUGAAAUAGUUCAGAAGUCAUAUUCCACACUAACUGUUUUUUAUCUACAUUGCAUCCUGUACAUAUUUAACCACCAUGUCCAACUUUAUAUUAAAAUUCACUUGAGUUUCAUUUAUACUACAAAUUCAGAGUAUGUUCCUGGUAAAAAGUGAUGAAUUGUAGCUUAGUAAGUGCACAUUACCACUCUAGGAAGUUUAUCUCCAUUCAAGUCAUUAUCAGCUAAGUGAUGAAGUGACGUAAAUUUCAUGAUGAAUGGAAAUGGGGAAUGGGGGUUGGUGGAGGCGGCAAAAAAUGGGACAAAAUUAUUUCAUUUCAGCUUCAUUGCAAUGUCAAAAUAGUAGUUAUUUUCUUAACAGAAAACAUAUUGGCCUAUGUCAGCCUUCCACUUGGUUUCCAACACUAACCAUCACUAAUCCUCAUGGUAACUCCUAAAUAUUUUAGACAGCACAAGAACUAAGAAUUAGAAUUUUUUUUACUUUAAAGUAUGUAGCAUGAGAGUAAAAAAAAAAAAUAAUAGGCAAAACAUGUUUUUUGGUACCAACAACAGAUUACAUGCUCUGUACAAUUUGAGGUUCCUACGACAGUGAGCACAAAGAUGGCUGUCUUCUGGGUUGCAGCGCCAUGUAGUCUGGUAGACAUUUACCAACAUCUCAGAGGUCUUUCCUACUUCCAUCAACAGGGUGAUGAGUCUACCAGACUACACAGUGCUACAAUCCAGAAGACAGCCGACUUGAUUGUAAAAUAUGGAAAAUCAAUUACAGAAUUACAAAUUUUGCAAAAACAAACAUUUUGUACAACAUUACAGAAAAACAGGAAUGUAAGUUUUGAAAGGAUGAGCUGUGAUAGGUACCACCCCACUCCACCCCUUAAAAAUUAAAUAUCAACUCAAUGUUAGUAGAUACUUAGGAAGACAUCUAAAAAAUGGAAAUAUUCGGUUUCAUAAUACCUGUAUCAGGUCAAGUACACCUACUACUUGGAAGGACUACCAUAAUUAUAAUUAUGGUUAUUAUAAAUUAUAAUUCAAAUUCAGUUAUUACUGUACUCAAAUGAAAAUGUGAAUAAUAAAGAUUAAUCUCAAAUGAAUAAAUGGAAUGGUAUGUUGGUCAGUUCUAAUUUUACCUGACUUUGGGAUGGGAAUGUCAGUAACUGACCUAUUAGACUGUUAUGUCAAUCCCGAUACAUUUUCACCCUAAAUUCUGCAUACCAGUUAAUGGGGAAUCUGAAAUUACUAACUUCUCAGACCCUUUCUACCCUUUAUAUGUGUGGAUGAAAAUAGUUUUAAAUUAAUCAAAUGACAUAAUAAAAGUUCCACAAAUUAGGAACAAUGUAUCUUAAAAUGUAAUGUCCAAUUCCUAUGUCAACCUUAUGAUGAUGAUUAUUAAUAACAAUAGUUAAAUAAAUGUAUCAUUGUAGAAAGAAGAGAUAACUGAAUACUUUGUAUCUUACUUUAUGAACUUAAAAUAUGAGCAUUGAUAAAAUUUCAAAAAAAUAUAAUAAAUAAAACUAAGGAAAACAA